AUGCUUUUCAUGGUAGGCCCUGCGGCCAGCUGGACUCGGGGGCCCCUGAGUCUCCACAGGGCCAGCCCGGCCCUGUCUGCUGCCCUCUUUCUACAGCUGCCCUGGGGAACUUGGUUCUUGGGGUGCCUCCUGGAGUCUGACAUCGGCCUCGCACCCCUGGGCGGCAGCUGUGCCACCCUGCACAUAGAGAACAGCAGGCGGACCCCUCCACGCCCAGGGCUGGCUCCCCAGCCUCUCCCCAUGCCCCAGUGCAGCCCUAAGACAUUUCAGCACUUUCUGUCAGGUCCCCCACCGGUGGGAACAGUCGUCCAACUGUCCCUACACCGAGCUUCCCCGGUGUCCGGCUUCCGGAUACUCUGUCAGUGCUGCUGCCUGGAUUUCUGCAACAACCCGAAAAGCAAAGAGGCCACUUCGUACUAG